AACAACCAACACUUCCCCAGAAGCUCAUGUCCCUGCACCGCCUGCCAAAAAGAUAGAAACAAAGGAUGUAAAAAUCCCCAUGCAUGCGCACAACACACAAACAAAAUCCUAUUUAAAAUUGCUCCAAAGUUUAAUAUGAAAACAAAACCAAAAAAAGACAGCCUAUCACUUACCUGA